UCUGCCUAGCAACCGAUGACGCGGGGGGGGCGCGGGGCGCGGCCAUUGGCGGAGCCGGGCGGCGGGGGAGCAGCGUUGGGAUGGGGGCUGCGGGCGGGCGAGGGGCGCUGCUGGGAGCCCUGCUCGGGGUGGCCCUGGUCGGCGCCGCCACCCCCGAGCCACCAGUGCACAGCCUGUCCGAGGUGCUCUUCUGCCAGCCGGACAUGCCCUCGCUGGGGCUGGCGGUGACGUUCGACAACGAGCAGCUCUUCUGGUUCGACGCCCCCCUGUCGCGGUGGCAGCCGCGCCUGCCCGACUUCCCCGCGUGGCCCGAGGCCACCGAGCCGCCGUCGGAGCUCGUCCACGACACCACGCUGUGCCAGAACAUGCUCGAGUCCCUCACCGCCUUCACUUCGAAGUAUUUGCCCAUGGCUGAAGCCAAGGGCAUCCCGGUGGCCAACGUCUUUCUGAAGCGCCCGCUGGAGCUCGGCCGGCCCAACACGCUGGUGUGCAUGGUGGGGAACAUCUUCCCGCCCGCCGUCACCAUCGGCUGGCAGCGGGACGGCGUCCCCGUCACCGACGGCGUCACCGACACCACCUACACCCCCAUCGAGGACCUGGGCUUCAUGCGCUUCUCCUACCUGGAGGUGACGCCCCGCGCCGGGGACGUCUACUCCUGCACUGUCACCCGCGAGCGGGACAACACCUCCGUGCUCGCCUACUGGGUGCCGCAGGACCCCGUCCCCUCCGACGUGCUGGCCACGGCGCUGUGCGGCGCUGCCAUGGCGCUGGGCAUCCUGCUGGCACUGGUGGGGCUGGCGCUGCUGGUGGCCACCUACCGACACCGCCACGGUUGAGUGCUCGGCGUGGGGACGGAGCCGAGCCGGUGCCACGGUGCAAUUAAAACCCCUUCGUUUGCA